AUGGAUGCUGUCACACUAGUCCAGAAUCUCCAGCAGGAGACCACCUGCAGCAUCUGCCUGACAUUCUUCUCAAAGUCUGUCACCCUCGCCUGUGGGCACAACUUUUGCCAAGUGUGUCUGACCAGAAGCAUGGAAAAUGAGGUCACACAUGUCAUUUCUGAAUGCAGGAAAGUCUCCCACAACUUCUCUGGCCUCAAUGUGCACCUGUCAAAGCUGUCAGCUGUCUGUAAGAAUCUCAAUCCUCAGAACUUGAAGAACCCUGUAGGACAAAAAUACUGUCAGAAGCACCAGCAAGUCCCCAAGCUCUUCUGUAAGGAGGAGCAGAUCUCCCUUUGUAUAUAUUGUACUGAAGAUCAAGAGCAUGCAGCUCACAGCUUUUCCCCCAUUAAAGAGGCUGCUUACAAUUGCAGGAAAAAGCUCAAAGACACUGUACCUCAUUUGAGAAAGAAGAUCAAGGAAUGGAAGGAACUGAAAUCUUCAAAGUAGAAAAAACUAGAUAAGUGGAGAAAGUUAAUUAGAGGAGAAUAUGCAAGAAUUCAUCGAUUCCUCUAUGAGGAGGAAAAGAAAUAUAUGGACCAAUUGAAACAUGAUGAAUACAAGGCUUCCCAGCUAAGGGACAACUACUGUAAGACAAUAAAUCAACAUGUGAAAAACAUGGAAGAUACUCUCCGAGAGAUAGAUGAAACAAGAUGCAGACCCGAUUUGGACCUGCUUGAGUCUUUCACUCUAGAGUUAAGAAAAUAUCCUGUCACUGGGAUGAAGAACUGGCUAGAGAAAUUUAAAGUAAAUAUCACUAUGGAUCCUAUGACAGCCAGUAACUUCGUGGUUAUAUGUGAGGAUUUGAAGAAGGUAAAACAUGGAGAUAACUGUCCAGAGCAGCCCAACUGCCCUGAAAAAUGUCCUUAUUAUUUUGUCUUUGCUGAGCAAUCAUUUGGUUCUGGCAUCUACUACUGGGAGGUGGCCACCAAGUCCCUCAGAAAGAAGAAGACCACAGAGUACUCAGCUGGAUAUCUAUACAUGCUUCGCUGUGAGAAGAGAGGAAAUAAAUUCUACCUCGUCACCCGACCAGGAUCAGUUUGCCAGCAAAUGAAAGACCCCGUGUCCAUAAUUGGCAUAUAUCUGGAUUAUACUGAAAGAACCCUUCUGUUCUAUGAUGCCAUCAAUGCCUCCCUCAUCUAUGGAAUGCACAUUAUGGCACUCACCAAGCCUGUCAAGCCUCUCUUCUCUCCUUGUCCCCCUAUGCCAGGAACAACAGUUGGUUACAUAAAAAUCUGUCCACUGUAAGGUAGCCUUUAAGAAUCAAGGCUCACCAUAAAGUGUAGUAAUAAUAAUAAUAAUAAUAGUCACAGGCAGAGAUAUAUACAAAAUGUUCAGCCUCUAUAGAAGAGUCUUUCCUUAUGAGUCCAUGAGACAUUUGCUAGCAUGUUUGACUGCCUACUGAAAUGCAAUUCAGGGAUAUCAUUCCCAAGUGGUUCAUUUUUCAUUGCUAGAUUGUUAUAACAAAUCAGCUUUUUAUUUGUCACUGCUGCUGGAUUAUGUACUUUUUGCAAGAGCUGAAUUGCCUUAAAUUCCAAUGGAGGGGAUCUAGGUCAGAGGUUUCUUCCCUCAGGAAAGUUUCCCUGACUGGAUUAUGUUCCAUUUAUAAACAGCAAUUAGAUUUUUCCAGUUGGGUUUAGUUCUGUCCAACCUCCUUUAGGAGCUUGUGCUUUGUUGAGCUGGGAUUAAUCUACUCACUCAGCUAUGCCCUUCUAAAACUGACUGACCUUCCCAAGAAUUGGGAUUAGGAGGACUGCAAAUUAAUUAAUUAUUAUUAUGAUCGUGUCAUUUCUCGCAAUAGCUGAGGCAGAAAGAAAUUGAAAGAAUAAAGAUAGAAGAUAAAAUGCUCUAUUUACUAAUGAUCUGAUUAUUUCCUUGGAAAAUCCAAG